AUGGCGUCUGCCGGGCUGAGCCCCACGACGGCGGUGAACGUUGUCACGGCGAGGCGGCGUGCGACGGAAUCGGAGGUCAACGUGGAGAGUACGCCCCCGAAGGCGACUCAAUCGGAGGAGGCUAAGGCCAACGGCCACGACGGGGCCGUCGACCAGCACAACCAUCACGGCCACGUCCACCACCACCGGAUGAGAUCGGUGGCCCGGCGGGCGUGGAGGUGGAGGAUCGUAGCGGCAGUCUAGUCAGCCGUCAGCCUUGCGUCCGUGCUGGUCGCCGCCUCCCGGUUGAAUGCCACCGGCAGGGAGGAGGAGGACGAUGGUGAAGGCGGCGACGGGUGGUUCCCCAUCGACAACGGUAAGAGCAGGAUCAACUCCGCUGUCCAUGACGCGAAGAGUGGGUUGGUGAAGGAGCCGAGCGUGACGUAGACAGAAGGGGCCCUCACCCCCACGACGGCGGAGGUGAGACUAACGUGACGUGAUGAUUCCCUUUUUGCCUUUUCCUCUCCUUCCCAGCGCCUUUUUCCAUCUGGUUUGAAGGGUUAGGAUCAAGAUUGAAUAAUUCCGUUUAUUCAAGGUUAAAACUAAUCGAUCUUUUUUAUCUGCUCUCCCGCCGGAUCGACGAAACAAUGGAGGAGAAACCCCCCGGCGCUCUUCUUUGUUUGAAUCGGCGGACGUCACCGCGUCCAGAUCGUUUCGAUGCCUGUUCACCGCCACCAUUCUUGCCCGACCAAGAUUUGAUUUCGAUCCAUUUACCCUGGCGCCUGCAAUUCGAAACCUAGGAAGCUGUCCAUCGUGUUUAUAAGUUCCAAUCUUCCUGAUGCUUGCAUGGGAGGAGAUCCUGUGAUGGUUUAUUCAUCGCGCUAGGGCCAUAAUCGGACCGAUGGUUCUAUCUCAAUUGAAAUCCCGGUUUCACCAUCUCAACUCUCUCAGUCAGUCUUUAAUGGUGAUGACUCCCUUCUCAGGUCUUCGAGCUCUGGCAGAAACCGGCGAAUGGAGGCAACUACUUCGAGUGCAUCGAGCGCCCACGGAAUCGAUACAGUACACUCAAUGAUAAUAUUAAUAAUCCUAAUAAUACUAAUAUAGUUUUCUGAACCUCGGGCAGUUUCUCCUCAGACGUUCGCUUCUUCUUCCUCAGGGACGCAACCCUCGGACGGAUACAUCCUAGUCAUGCUAAUGGCGGCCUGAACCAGAUGAGGAUGGGGGUAAGCAUGCCCGCGUCCCCUCUUCUAGACCAGCCGCAGCUGUCUCAAAAUUGCGGUUGUCGUCUGAGAUCUGCAGAUCUCCGACAUGGUGGCGGCGGCGAAGAUGAUGAACGCAGGGCUGGUUCUCCCUUUCCUGGAUCACGCCUCCUUCUGGGCGGACCCCAGGUACGAGGAGAAGAGACGAGGCGAGGUACUCCCUCCGCAACCGUUGUACAGUAGUCGAACGUACUCAUUCUGUGCAUCGCUGCAGCGGCUUCAAGGACAUAUUCGACUGGAAGCACUUCCUCAAUGUCUUGAAGGACGACAUCGAGGUCGUGGAGUCGCUUCCUCUGCGGUACCGGCGGGUGAAGCCCGCAGAGAAGGCUCCGGUCUCCUGGUCCAAGGUUAGGGCGGACGGACCAGCUCCCCAGAUCUCCUCCCGAUCUCGAGGAGCGGUGGCGGUGGAUUCACUAAUGUAAUGCCCUGUUUCCCUGGACAGAGUAACUACUACAAGCAGGAGAUGCGGAGGCUUCUCCUGCGACGAAAGGUCAUCAACAUCACCCGCACCGACUCCCGCCUCGCCAACAACGGCAUAGCGCCGUCGCUGCAGAAGCUCCGCUGCCGGGCCAACUACUGGGCCCUCCGCUACACGGCGGAGAUCGAGGAGAUGGGGAGGAAGCUGGUGAGGAGGCUGAGGCGCGAGGGUUGGGAGAGGCAGCGCGAGCCCCAACCCUUCACCGCCCUCCACCGCUCUCCACCUGAGGUACGAGAAGGACAUGUUCUCCUUCACGGACUGCACCCACGGCCUCUCCGCGGAGGAGUCGAGGGAGCUGGAGGCGAUGCGUUGGAGCACGGCGAACUGGAGGGACAAGCUGAUUAACGGCACCGACGUUCGGCGCCGGGGGGGCUGCCCGAUGACCCCCCGGGAGGCAGCCCUCCUACUCAAGGCCAUGGGCUAUCCCUCGGUCACGAACGUCUACAUCGCAACCGGGGAGAUCUACGGCAGCCGCACCAUGGACGCCUUCCUGGCCGAGUUUCCGAACGUGCACACCCACUCCAGUCUCGCGACGGCGGAGGAGCUGGGGCCCUUCGCAGGGUACAGCAACAGGCUCGCCGCUCUAGAUUACGUCGUCGCCCUCGGCAGCGACGUCUUCGUCUACACCUACGACGGGAACAUGGCCAAAGCGGUGCAGGGCCAUCGCAAGUUCGAGGGAUUCAGGGUAACCCUCAACCCCGACAGGUAGGUGACAGAACGUCCGAUUUCCGCUGUGCUCCUCUCUGCCCCCGGAGAACGACGGACGAGUUCUCGUCUUCGUGUCGCCAGGCGGAGGCUGGUCAAGCUGGUCGACGAGAUGGACGCGAGGGAGUUGACGUGGGAGCAGUUUGCGUUGGCGGUGAAGGGGCACCACGCGGGGCGGCGCGGAGGUCCCAGCAAGAGGCGUGCCGGGGAGACGGCGCAGGUGGAACCAAAGACCGAGGAGAAUUUCUACGCCAAUCCCUUCCCCGACUGCAUAUGCGCCGAGGGCGGCGCAGCUGCGAGGGGCAGCAACAGGAGGAGGCUCGGUCGCCGGCGAUGA